GUCGGUAUAUACAUAUAUAUAUAUACUCAACUCGAUCGGUUAGCGCGAGUACAAUGGCUGGGCCCUACCUGUCGCCGCUGGGACCCCAAGCUGACCUCCUCACCGAGUACAUGUUCGGACGUCGCCGUCAGGUCAGUAGACGGAACCGCACGACAUUCACGCCCCAGCAGCUCCAGGAGCUCGAGUCGCUCUUUCAGAAGACCCACUACCCGGACGUCUUUCUCCGGGAGGAGGUCGCCCUGAGGAUCUCCCUGUCGGAGGCCCGAGUUCAGGUCUGGUUUCAAAAUCGUCGGGCCAAGUGGCGCAAGCAGGCCCGGCUCCAGUUGCUCCAGGACGCGUGGCGUAUGCGCUGUUUGGGCCUGGGUAGCGCGGCGCCUCUCCUCCUCCGGCCGCCCGCACCUCAGGAUCGCGGGGACGCUGCCUCGCCGCCUCAGCAUCACCCUCCGGCCCAGAUCGGUAGUGUGGCUCAACAGCAGAACUCGACGACCACGACGCUCGUCACCACGACCACGUCCACGACGACGACCACGAGUGUGCCAACUGCCACGGACAAGGUCCCCGACGUCGGUGCGCCGCCCGUACAGUGCAGGGACUACAGGAUCGGUCUGCCGCCGCUACCGCCGCCUCACGGUUACGGUGCCGUGUCUUUGGUGGAGACGACCAACCGAUCCCCGGAGCGUUCGUUGGGUUGCGGCUGCGGUGGUUCGCCGUCGCGUGGUUCGGCGAGUCCUUCGGCCGUGUCGUCCUCGUCGGAGAGCGAGAGUUCCCGGUCGCCGGUCCACCACCGGCCGCCCCAGGAGGCGGAGAUCGACUUGACCGUUAACAAGACCGGUGGGCCCCUGUCGCUACUUCGGCUUGUACCACCGCCCCCGCCGCCGCACCAACUCUUCCACCAUCACCUACAGCAGCAACAGCUCCACCACCACCACCAUCAUCAUCCUCAUCACCACCAUCUUCUGCAGCACCAGUUGCCGGCCGAUCUCAGUCCGUCGCCGGGCGCCCUGCACUCGCCCGACGAGCCGCUCGACGUCACGCUCAACGGGCCCAACAAGUAAUGGCUCGGGGACCUUUUUUUUUUUUUUUUUUUUCCACCGAUGCCCACUGUCUUAUUCGAUGGGACAGUACAUCGAGUGAGAAAUAAGUUUUGUCUCUAGUCGAGUUUUAUUUAUUUUUUUUUUUUUGACUCUAUUGUGA